GAUUGAGGUGCAUCUGGACUUGAAUGGAGACACCGAGAGAGUAAGCUUGUCAUUAAGGACUAAGCUUGUUGGUGGUAAAGUUUUGCUGCAUUGGGACACCGAAGGCGUUUGGAGUCUUCAAUAUUUCGGGUAUCACGGCUUCAGCUGAAGACAAGCGUCGAUUGUGUUGCCGGUUUAAUCCCGCGGGCCAAGACUUUUUCGACUUGGAGAGCACGUGUCUUCCAAUGACUCUUCUAAGUCUGGGUAUUCGAAUUCUGCCUCUUUCUUUCUCUUGUGACCUAUCUCUUCUUUUCGGGCCGUCGCUGUAAAGGGUGUUGUUGCAUUCGCUUAUACGCAAGGUUGUCGCAUUCUUUGCGCGCGCAUCAUACGUCAACUUCUCACCUCACUCUUCAAACAUCACCAUGUCAGAACCAACAGAACCGCCACCUCUGUCAAUCGAGGUCCUAACCGACCCAAAAGAAAAGAAGGAUGCUCUCAAACUCAUCGCCGACAGUGUCGCGCAACAGCGUCAAACAGCAUCACGCGCCAUGAUCUUCCACCCCAUUCCCCUCUCUGUCUUUGUAGCCAUUCUUGCGAUCGCACACUAUGGCGCGGGCAUAGGCAAGGACAUCAGCACCAUGCUGAUCAUCUACCCCGGUAUUAUACUCACAUACCUCGUCGCAAUUCGAUACUUCACCAGUGCGUACAUUCGCAUCGCUGAAGAGACGAAUUGGCUUGACUGGAUGAAGAAGGAUGGUGUUGAGGAUACCAUCAUCGGGGCGCGGUUCGGGAAGGACAUCAUCGCUGCAGUGGUCCUUCGACUGGAGAAGAGCAACAAGGCUGCCUUCAUUCGUGCAUGGACGACGAGGGCGCGGUACAGACGUCGAGGACUUGGUGGGGAUAUGUUGCGUGAGAGUGUCAAGAUUGCGAAGCAGAAGUUGGGCAAGGGGUGCACCGUUGAGUUUGCGCAAGAUCAUGCAAACAGCGAGAUGCCUCUCCAUGAGCUCUUCAAUGCUCCUUUCCUUGCGCGACAAAUGAAAGCGAAGAAGGCGCUCAGUGCAGCACUGAAGGACUGGGAUGAGGGAAAAGAGGGACCUCAAUAGCGACGAGAGUUGAGUAUGCAUAAAAGUAAUAUAUUCUUCAUACUGCAUGCGACGGUGCGCGAUGCGAUCCUAUCUGCUUGACUGAAGUCCGGUCAACUACAACCACCCGUACCACUGUGACUAUUCCGCUCAGAGUGCGCGCAACCGGUUUCGUCUUUCCAAACCGGCGCCUCAAAAUAGCAAAAGCUGAGAUUACACCAGCAAUGGAGCCAGGGUUCUCUCCCUCGCUGCCACUUUCAGCCGUCCAGCUUCACGUUUGAUGGUACAGUGACACAGCAGUAUAGUUUAUGGCCAUUCAGUGUACAGGCCGUCUAUCACCUUGGUGUCUCGCAAGCCAACCGCCGUCAUCCUCAGCGCAUUUGAUGAUUUACAGUUUGGAAGUGAUGCUCAUCUUUAUUCGCCGAGUGCAGUGCCGAAAUGAACAAUGCAACAUAGCCAAAUGCCGACGACCAUGGGCCAUCGCUCUUGUCGCUGCCCUUAAAUACUAUAAUAACAGCAAGAUCUCCCGAAAUUGCAUCUCAAACAAAUACGGCCUGCUCCUCGUGUCUUCGCCAGUGUUUUCUGUUGUACCUGGAUGAAUGCGACCGUCGAUGUUGUGGGCUUCUGGAUAUCAUCUGCAAGUGUCACUAAGGACGACGACCCUGCAAAUGCAAUCCCUGGGUACGAAUGCUUCCAGCAACAUGUGCCCAAGACUGUGCAUUGAAUCGAGAAAGUUCUGAAAUCGAUCGUUUGACAUAUUGCUGAGCAGGAUGCUCAACGACAGGAGACGCAACAGAGAAGCAUGUAUAAGCAGCAACUCUACGUACUACUGCAACCAAGACAGCUCACAUCCCCGAAAUGCCUUAUGACAUCCAUCUAUCUUAGCGCUUUCUCUCUCUCUCUCUCCUAGUUAGGUUGAGUAUUCCAAUGUUGAGCAACCUCGAUGUGGAUGGUGAUCUUAGUUACGACAGAAGCCCUCCGACCGAGGCCAACAGGGCAGGCUUGUGAAUGGGACCCGGUGCUCCAAAGGCUGCCACUGACUAGAUUGAUGCUUUUACAUCUUUGCACCCUCUGUCGUAAGCUCUCGAAGCCUUCAGCUCGCUGGACAUCCGGGAGUUGUGAGCAACCAUCACGAACGAAGCGGCCCCCAGCCAUACUCUGCAGGCAUAUUGCCAUCACACAGCAUCGGCAUUCUCGCCAAACCCGAGUUUUUAUUAAUCAUUAUUCUGCAUCAAAUGUGGUCAACCAACACCUUUCGUGGUCGCUCAGCAUGUUGAUCAACUGGGCCUCUAGUCGAUCAUGUAGAUACGCGAACACGAUCAACCAAGAUCGUCGAGAUCAGAACCACAGCACGUUGCAUCGUGCGAUCAAACUAAUGCAAACUCCAAUGUUUCACAUAAAAUGUCAAUCGCGUACCACCAACCUUUCUCUCAUUCCGUAUUCCCCGUUCACCUCAUCACCGAUCUUAUACCCGCGUUGCAGGAAUGCCAACGACGGGCCGUGAGGGAUGGCACAGCCCGCACACCGGGGCCUCUCCAUUCUGCUAGUAUCUGCUCUAGAAUGAUUUGGAGACUUGCGCGAUCAAGGGAGGCUCAAAUAAAACAUUUACUGGAGCAUCUGUAGCGGGUUCCAGGUGAUAAUUCCCUUCACAUUCCAGUGUUGUUUCAUCACAGCUUGUUGGGAUCAUAAUGACUAAAAGAUCUGGUAAACGGAUUCGCUGUACUCGUUAUGAUUCGUGUAAAUAUUAUGGUAAGAAAUGGUGAACCCAUAUAAGCUAUUUUCGGGCUCCAGAUGUCUCUCGAUGUGGUGCUUCAUGUC